AGGAGAGCAGGUUCCGUGGCACCCCCGCCCCGUGGCUCGCUGUCGCCGGACCUUCAAGAACACAGACUGGGACCCCGCGCCCGUUCGCACCCUUCCCGCUGGACAUGCCGUUCGUUGAGCUGGACACGAGCUUGCCCGCCGGCCGCGUCCCCGCGGGGCUGGAGAAGCGACUCUGCGCGGCCACUGCCGCCAUCCUGAGCAAGCCUGAGGACCGCGUGAACGUGACGGUGCGGUCCGGCCUGGCCAUGGUUGUGAACGGCUCGGCGGAGCCCAGCGCCCAGCUGCUCGUCUCCUCCAUCGGUGUGGUGGGCACGGCCGAGGAGAACCGCGGCCACAGCGCGCGCUUCUUCGAGUUCCUCACCAAGGAGCUGGACCUGGCCGAGGACCGGAUAGUGAUCCGCUUUUUCCCCUUGGAGCGCUGGCAGAUUGGCAAGAAGGGGACAGUCAUGACCUUUUUAUGACGGGCGUGUAGGGCACCCAGGGCCUCUGAGCUGACAGCCCUUCCAGAGAGGCCUCCUGGCAGCGAGGGCCUGGUGGACAGCAGCUUCUGGCACCUCUGUGUGGUUCUCCUCCCCAUCCUCACAACAAAUAAAAGAGAGCUCUGUCUCAAACCUGA